UUCCAUCGUGGUGCCUUGUUUUCAAGAUCAGUGAAGUUUGUGUUAAUACCGGAAGCACUUCGUGUUAGCGCCGUGAGCUUGACUGAUGGAGGAGCGUAGGAAACUGGUGAACGACAUAGACUAGUAGAUUGUAAUAUGCCAGGCUCGUUCCAGCUCUGUUCACGUUUAGCUGGUUAACUUUCUGUUUGCGAAGACAGCCUCACCGGAGAAAAGAGGCCUAAAGCCUUUUGCUUGUUGCAGGUUUAGCAAAACCAACUUGGGUUGGACCUGGUGCAGAUGCAGGAAGUCAGUAAAACCUGCAGCCUGGAUGAUGACAUGUUGGAUGGAGACCUGGGUGAUGGGAUGGAAGUCAGAGUAGCACCCAGCUCUACUGUGAAGAAAAGCAGUUUCACUAAUCUUGUAGAGACCCCGCUGCCCAGCAGCCAGGCAGGAGAGGUAGCCUGGAUCCCUGGACUGAAGGCUACAGAGGCACAGCAGAGAGCCCGCUGGAAGGUGCCUCACUGCGGCUCCCUGCUUGACCUGUCCAAAGAUGAGCUGAAAGACAGACUCCAGGAAGCAAAUGAGAUGAUAGAUGUAUUAUGCUGUGAGCUGGAAGUGGCACAUCGUUACCUUGAAGGCAAAUAUGAAGCUCUGAAGAUCUUGCAGGGAAAGGCCAUUCUAGACAAGGCCACGAGUCACACUAAAAGUCUGCUACAGAAAGGCGAGGAGAGGGCCAAAGCUCUGGAGAAGGAGGUGAACAGUUUGCAAUGGGAGCUCAGCUUCAACCAGGUCCAGAUGAAGAAGUCUGAGCAGUCCUGGGAGCAAAAAUACAACAGAAUUUUGAGCGAGAACAAGACUCUGACUGACAACCUGGAAGAAAGAGAGAGUGACAAUCAGCGGCUCAGAGCUGAAAAUACUGCUCUAAGCCGGCAAUGCCUGGAGCUUCUCUCCAUGUUGAAUGUGAAGGAGCAGAGAGCUUACCAAGGAACCAAACCUCAGUGCAGCCCAGAGCGAGAUGCAAGUGUUCUAGAGUUAGCUGUGUUGGGGGCCUGCCGGUGUCUUGGUGUUGAGGCUUGUCCAUGCAGUCGGACUGCCGCUGCCAGCAGGAAGCAGCUUAUCCAGCUACAACAGGAGUUGGAUGCUCAGCGUUUAAGGAGAGAAGAGGCACUGAUGGUUGCAGAUGCUUUUCGCAUCGCCUUUGAACAGCAGCUGAGGAAACGAAGUGAACACUUCCUGCUGCUGGCAGAGGCCAAUGUCCUGAAAUCCAGCCACAGCAAAACUGAAGGUGUCAACAAGAGUCCCUCAAUCAGUGUAAGCCAGAGGCUGAGAGAAUUUCUGCCUUCCAGUUUGGAUGUGAAGAUACCCGAGGAUCUUUUAGUGACUCUCUACAGACUGUUGGACCUACUAAAUGACAAGGAGGAGGCCCUGGCCCACCAGAGGAAGGUCAGCAUCAUGUUAGCCCACACUGCCAAGGAGCUGCAAAGACAGUUGCAUCUAGAUUCACAUUGCCAUGCUUCAGGUCCAUCAAACUCCAGCAUCCCAUCAAAUGAUCCACAAGACCCAUCAGAGAUUCCAAGCCAGUCUCAGCAAACAUCUGAUACAGCCGAGUCCAAGAUAGAACCACAAUCCUCAUCAGAGUCCAACAUUCAAGCACAGCAACAACUAGAGUUGCCAGAUUUCCAGCAUCCACCAGAACAACCACCACAUCGGCCAGAGUCCAGGAUGGAUGUGCAGGGGCUAUCAGACCCAUCACACAUCAAGUGCCUGACCACAAAGUCUGAAAUUCAAGAAUCAGGCCAAUCAGAGUCAUGAUCUACCUUCAGGAUCUACCAGACAAAAGAAUGAAGGAAGACAUUGAUGUAGCCUGUAUGAUGUCACAGAGGCCCUAUCUGUAGGACUUGGCCUGUCAGCAGCUAAUGGAGCCAAAAGACUCAAAUGUGGUUCUUAGAGAAGAAGGACAGUAGAACUGAAGUGGUACAAUAAAGGGGCAAACAGUGAUAAGCUGAGACACCCAGCCCCACCAACAUAUUUACUAUACCUCACAAACACAAUUUUUACUACUACUAUACAUUCAGAUCUGGAGAAGCAGAUGAGUCACCAAGCAUAGCAAGCUAUAAGUGUCCACUAUAAAUGUCCCGAACCCUGUCCUGAAUGUCUUUAAAGACAGGGUAAGGUGGAAAUAAAUUUCUUCUGAGUUUGUUACACCACAGGAAGAUGUGUUAUUAACCACCCAGACAAAUUUGAAUGAUUAAAAAGAUCACCAAAUAUAUAAAAUUAGCUUUCAAAAUAAUGAAAAAUAAGGAAUAGUCUCUGCUCUGAAACGCUGCAGGCAUCAGGUGAAGACACUGAAACCAAUAGCAGAAAUGUGCUGCCUGUUUUCGUCAUGGAUAUAUAAAGGAAGAACAUGUAGGACAGAUGCAUUUGUGGAGCGAAAGGCAUGGCUAGCUAGCUAGCUACCAAACUGUAGGCUGUAGUUGGUGCUAAGGCUCUUCAAGAGCAUUUUAUCAAAGACCACUGAGUGAAAGCAGUGGUAGGAAAAUAUGAUUUUGAUGUUUGAAUGAGAAUGGGCAGUGCUCAGCUCAUCCACACACAGAGCAGACAGCUGUUGUGCAGCAGUGGAGACAGGCAGCCCAGGAGAAGUGAAACUGAAGUUUAAAUACCUAUUCUCAUUCAUGUUUGUGUAAAAAGCCAGUGGGAGUAAUUUUAAGAACACCUGCUAAAUAAGUAUAAACUUGCAGAGAAAUAAAAAUUUAAGCUUUGUCCACAGUCUGCGAGCUUGCUAGGCUAACAGUUAACUCUCAUUCUCUGUCCAGUGCAGCAGCUUGUGUGGCCAUUAUCCCCCCUCACGUCUGUCUCCCUCCACCAACUACAGUAGGGUCGGUUCAGAGCUGCUCCAACACAUUGAUCAUUCAUGUGUUCCUCCUUUUGUCAUUGUUUAAUACUGAGGCAGGCAGCAGCAUUAAUAUUAUUUCUUUUAAAAAAACAUGACUGGCUAUAAAUGUUCAUCUGUCCUUGGUCUCACAAGUAGCCCUAAAAACAAAUGCAGGCACUGAGCUCUGUGGCUCUAGGAUUUAUAACGUUACAGUAUUGGGCAGAGCCAUUAUGUUUAGCAUGGCUCCAGUGCGUCAUCGAGCCAUGCUUUCUGUUCCACCCAGAAAAUCCUGAACUCAAACAUGAUGAAACGGUCUAACUCCACAAUUCAGCACUACAUAGUUCUCAGUCUUUAAACAUUUUUAGCAAUUAUGUUCUAACACUGACAGUGUGUUAAGAAACAAAUCACUGAUUUUACUUUACCCAGACUUUAAACUGGUAGAAAAUGAAAUGGAGUUCUGUAUCAGUUCUGGAAGGGAAGAGCUAAUUUUAGUGGAAUAGUUUGAGAGAAAAUGGUUGACAAGUUUCGAUGUUUGUUUGAAAAUCAGAAGUGACAGACUAGUGACAGUUUGUUCAGUCAUGAGUGACUAGUGUAGGAGUAGGAAGGUUUCCUGUCCAUGUCUGAGUAUGGGAAAGAAAUGUCAGUCAAUCAGCCUACUUGCUCCAUGCAAAUACUUUACCAGAACACAGUGAGACAGGUAAAUGAAUGGGUUUAUAAAAUGUUUUACUUGGCAUAAGCAUAAAUGUUUUGCUUUUGCUGAUUUUUUGUAAUUCACCCCUGCCUUUACAGACUGACAUACCCUCUCCUUUGCAAAACACAAAAGUGAAUGAUGGUCAGAUUAUAAAUGACACUUUGCAAGCCAUAUUUGUUGAUGAAUAUCUUUAAUUUAGCUGGGUUGACAAUUAAAUACAAUAGUCCAUUACUUAAAACUUACUUGAAACAUUCUGAAAAUUAAAAUACUGAAACUUGAUUUGUACAAUUCAUUUAUGUAAAUUAUGUAAAUUAACAUACUGUUGGAAAGUGCAAAAUGUGGAGAGGUUGGUCUACAAAUAUGAGGCUUUUAUUCUUAUUUUUAGUAAGUGUUUUAGCUAGCGUAUUAAUAUUUAAACCUAAAGGUGUCUGAGUCAUUUAAAG